AUGUGGUGUGAAACUGUACAAUGCGAUAAUAAAAUACGUGAAUGGCGGUGGUCAGUACACACACAACACACACUGUCAGUCAUUCCAGGCUGGUUAGUUAAUCACAUGCUAUUUGUCAGACAAAAUGCCUCAAUUAUCUCGUUUGGACCAGUUGUGCUGACUUGUUCGGCUCGGACCGGGCGCAGACGGCGACGUGGACGUUUCUUAAGUCAACAGCGCCCCCCAGUGGCACCUAAGGGCAUGGUUGCCUCCCUCGCCCAGGCGGCGGUGACCCUCCUGUGGUUGGCGGCGGCGACGGGGAUGCCCGACCUGAGCCGGCGGGACCUGCUGAUGCGCCAGGAGGCGUCGCGGCGGACGGGCGGCGGCCUGGCGCUCACGCCGGCCGAGCGGCGCCUGGACGGCGAGCUCCGCCGGAUGAAGGAGCGCGAGAUGGCGGCCGAGCCCUUCCCGCCCGCCGUCCACUUCUUCAAGGCCAGGCGGCUGAUCCGCGACAGUCCCGUCUUCAAGCUGCUGCAGGCCAUGCCCAAAGGCGGCGCCCUGCACGUCCACAGCUCGUCGCUGGUGAGCGCCGAGUGGCUGGUGAAGAACGCCACGUACCGGCCGCACUGCUACGUCUGCUACACGUGGGACAACUCGGCCCGAUUCGUCUUCUCCCGCCGCCGGCCGUACCCGCGCUGGGACUGCUUCUACUGGCAGCUCGUCGGCGACCUCCGGGCGAAGGCGGGCGACGCGGCCGCCUUCGACGGCAGCUUGAUGAAGCAUCUCACGCUGGUCACCGAAGACCCGGACGGCGAGUACCCGGACCAGGACGCCGUUUGGAACAAGUUCGAGAGAGCCUUCGUCGCCGCCGCCGGGCUGGUCAACCACGCCCCCGUCCUGAGGGAUUACUUCCUGCAGGGCCUGCACGACCUCCACCGAGACAACGUCAUGUAUCUGGAGCUGCGCAGCGGCCUGUCCAGGGUCGGUGUCGGCGCCGGCGCCCCAAAUAUUCCGAGAGGUGAGCGCGAGCCGGACCCGCGUCCCGUUUUGUCGUGUGUGUCGGUCCAGACGUACGAGCUGGACGGAACCGUCCACGACAAGAUCUGGACGCUGAGGACUUUCCGGGACGUCACCGGGAAGUUUGUGGCCGAGCAUCCGGACUUCCUGGGCGCUCGCCUCAUCGUAGCCGUGCACAGGGCGUCGGGCGUGUCCGAGGUGAAGGCGGCCAUCAAGGAGGCGGCCGAGCUGCGGCGGGACUUCCCCGACGUGGUGGCGGGAUUCGACCUGGUACCCGUUCGCGUCGUACGCGGUCAGAGCGACACGCCCGCAGCGGGUAGCCGACGUCUUGUCUCGCAGGUGGGAAGGGAGGACGACGGACGGCCGCUUUGGUACUUCCGGGACGCCCUGUCGCUCCCGGCCCGGAUGGGCGUCGCCCUGCCGUACUUCUUCCACGCGGGAGAAACGGACACGGAGGGGACGGAGGCGGAUCAGAACCUCCUGGACGCCCUGCUGUUCAACAGCAGCCGCAUCGGGCACGGCUACGCCCUGGCGCGCCACCCGCUGGCCAAGGAGAUGUCCCGGGUGAGGCGGGUGGCGGUGGAGGUGUGCCCCAUCUCGAACCAGGUGCUGAAGCUGGUCUCCGACCUGCGCAACCACCCCGCGGCGGCGCUGAUGGCGGAGGGCCACCCGCUGGUGAUCGGCUCGGACGACCCGUCCAUGUUCGGCACGGCGGGCCUGUCCUACGACUUCUACCAGGCCUUCGUGGGCAUCGGCGGGCUGAAGGCCGACGUGGGCACGCUGAAGGAGCUGGCGCUCAACUCCAUCAGGUACAGCUCGCUGCCGGCGACGCUCAAGGACGCGGCGCAGGCCGACUGGCAGCGGAAGUGGGACGCUUUCGUUUCGGCUCACUCUCGAGACCCGGCGGAACCUUUUGACAGUCAUUCGACGAAGAAAAAUGACGCUUUUCAUGCAGCUUUAUGACUCAGAAUGCGGCGCUUUAAUUGGAACGCAAAGUUACUGGAUAUCAUAUUGAAAUAUGAAAGCGUGGAGGCGGCUUUGAAGAACGGGGAUGAGAAUGGCCAAUUUGGGAAGAGAAAAAAAAAAACCCAGAAAAUGUCUGCUUUCGGCACAAAAUUUAAUUUGUUUAAAAAACGUUGUUAAAUGGUGACCGCUCAGUGUAAAAACAGGGCAAUCAUAACAUUUUGAAAAGUUAAAAUAUGAGUCCCAACAACCCAAAAAAUUUUGCCAAACUUCGGACAUAAAAACGUAGACUGAGUGAAAUUUAUAUCAAACACGCGACUGCACUUGCUUCAGAAAUAAGUACACAAGUCAUUUGUUCAUAUAUUAUAUCAGAGAGUUCAUGAAAUCGUAUUAGCAGCUGUCAAUUAUAUCAUAUUUGAGAAAUUUACGUCCAACUUACCUUAGCGUUUCCCGGUUUGGAUAUGCUCCUGGACAUUUUUUUUUUUUUUUUUUUUGCUCCUCGGCGUCCAUAAUUGAUCAUAUCGGAACACAAUGCGCGCAGCACUUUUCCGGGAACGUCCACUUUUUGUACGUGUUCGCUUUUCGUUCCGAUCUGCUCGUCUGAAACAGUUUUUUUUACCCCGUGAUUUUUAUCAAUUUCCCUGGCACGAUUUUCAUCUUUUCGCUCCAAGACUUUCACCGUCCGAGCAAACGUGCAGACUGCUCGAUAUCUUACGUACGUAUGAAUAGCAGUUAUAACUAUGCCGUAGUAAACAGAAUGCUUCUCUAAGAAAUAUUAAAUAUCAGAGUGAAAAUACCGCCAAAAUGCUUUUUUACACGUUUCACAAAAAUGACAUUUUCAGCUGAAAAAAAAAAAAAAAAAUCUCAUCCCUGCUGUACGUAUGUACUGAAUUCAUCUUUGUGUCACAUUUGGACGCUUAUUAAUAUGUUGAUACGCUGAGCAAAACGUUUGUAAACGGACCUUUAUUUUAAACUCUGAAUAAAAGGGGAAACGAUGU